AUGUCAGAGUCAGCCUUGCAGCCCAGUGAGCAGGCUGCCGAUGAGCAUCAGGAAGCGCUGCCAAAUAUCGAUGAAAAUGGCAGCACUGAGCCAUCUGCUACUGCCCUGGAAGAACAGGCUGACCAUGAAAACAUUGACACCGAGACAAUGGUUGAGCUGCAGCACUCUAAAAGUCUCCCAGAAGCAAUCGCUCUUCUAUCCAAAACCACCCAAGACCUAGAAGGAAGGGUUAACGUUCUCCUGGCUCAGCACGAAGAAGAUUUUUUUGCUGCAUUCCGCUCCCACAUGGCAAAAGUGCAACAGCAUGUGGAACACCUUCAAGCAUGUGCUGACGAACAGAAAAACCAACUGGAACGCGAUUUAAGGAUUAAGACGCUUCAGCAGGAGCAGUGA